ACUUGAACUCAACGAGACCCAAAAUGUUUAGACUGACCGGAAAUCUUUCGUCGGCUUCAUCUCCAGCGGCGGCGGCGUCUUUCUCCGCCGCUUUGAGACUCUCCGUUGCUCCGGCUCUCGCUUUGGCCUCUCCUCCCCAUCUCCGCUGGUUCUCGACGUUUUCUCGUUCAUUUCUCGGCGGACGCAUCUCUUCAUUCCGACCACGCAUUCCUUCUCCGUGCCCGAUUAUGCUCUCUGGUUUCUCGGCUCUCAAAGCGAGAGCUUCAUUUAGCAGCGAGAGUAGUGCGAGUAGUGCAAGUAGGGAGAUUCUGGUGCAGCAUUUGCUUGUUAAGGAGGGUGAUUCUGAACUCUUUGCUGAACUCCAAAAGAAAAUCUUGGAUGGUGAGGAUAUGAGUGAUCUUGCAGCUGAGUACUCGAUUUGUCCAUCCAAAAAGGAGGGUGGUAUACUUGGAUGGGUCAAAUUGGGUCAAAUGGUGCCAGAGUUUGAGGAAGCAGCAUUUGGAGCAGAGCUGAAUCAUGUGGUGAGGUGUAAAACCCAAUUUGGCUGGCACUUACUGCAAGUUUUAUCUGAGAGGGAACCUGUGAAAGAUAUUCAGGUUGAGGAGCUGCAUUCCAAAAUGCUAGAUCCAGUUUUCAUGGAAGAGGCUCAGUUAAUUGAUGUCAGAGAACCUGACGAGAUAGCCAAGGCAUCCUUGCCAGGAUUCCAAGUGUUCCCGCUCCGCCAAUUCGGAACCUGGGCACCAGACAUCACUUCAAAGCUGAACCCUGAGAAGGAUACAUUCGUCUUGUGUAAGGUUGGUGGCAGGUCGUUGCAGGUUGCGAACUGGCUGCAGUCGCAGGGCUUCAAGAGUGUGUACAAUGUAGCUGGUGGAAUACAAGCCUAUUCUCGCAAGGUUGACCCAUCAAUUCCUACUUACUGAAACUGCCCCCAUCAGAUUAUCCUAGAAUUUGCUCCCUUUUUUCUUCUAUUCUUAUAUCCUAAUCCAAAUAAUUGCAAAUCGUAUUCGGGGAAUAAUUUAACAAUAAUAAUAUAAGGUUCAUUUUAGACA